UCUGCGUUCUGAGAAAUCAUAGAGAGAGAGAGAGAGAGAGAGAGAGAGAGAGAGAGAGAGAGAGAGAGAGAGAGAGAGAGAGAGAGAGAGAGAGAGAGAGAGAGAGAGAGUUUUGCCUUCCUUCCGAGAAGUCCUUCUGGUCAUCAUCAGUUGCGUCCAUGGCUGCCCAAGGAAUGCUCUCUAGGAAGAUCACAUGCAACUCCCAUGGGGAGGACUCUUCCUACUUCUUGGGAUGGAAGGAGUAUGAGAGAAACCCAUAUGAUGAAACGAACAACCCAACAGGAAUUAUACAAAUGGGUCUUGCAGAGAAUCAGCUCUCGUUUGAUCUCCUCGAGACGUGGCUGUCUAAGAACCCUAAAGCUGCCACCUUCAUGAAUAAUGGCUCAUCCUUGUUCAAACACAUGGCACUCUUCCAAGACUAUCAUGGUCUGCCUUCAUUUAAGAAAGCUUUAGCUGAAUUUAUGGGUGAGAUUAGAGGCAACAGGGUAAAGAUUGACGCUGAGAGGCUGGUUCUUACAGCAGGAGCUACUUCGGCAAAUGAGACCCUAAUGUUUUGUCUGGCUGAACCAGGAGAAGCUUUUCUUGUUCCUACGCCAUACUACCCUGGAUUCGACAGAGAUCUCAAAUGGCGUACCGGAGCCGAAAUCAUUCCCAUACAUUGCCAUAGCUCCAACGGGUUCCAGCUAACUGAAGCAUCACUGCGAGAGGCAUACGAUGACGCAGUGAACCGCAAGAUGAAAGUGAAGGGUGUAUUAGUGACCAAUCCUUCCAAUCCAUUGGGAACAACAAUGAGCUCCAGCUCCCUCAAGGUGCUUCUAACAUUUGUUGGUGCAAAAGGGAUACAUCUGAUCUGUGAUGAGAUAUACUCGGGCACUGUGUUCUCGUCUCCAAGCUUCAUCAGCGUUACAGAGGAAGCUCUGUUAGCAGAAUGUAAUGUGUCCAAGGAUUGCAUUCACAUUGUUUAUAGCCUGUCAAAGGACCUUGGUCUUCCUGGUUUUCGCGUCGGUGUAAUCUACACCUGCAAUGAUCAUGUCUUGGCUGCUGCCACGAAGAUGUCGAGUUUUGGAUUGGUCUCAUCUCAGACACAGUAUCUUCUCUCCAAGAUGCUCUCGGACAAGAAGUUCACCGCGAAUUAUAUCGCAGAGAACAGGACAAGACUGAGACUGCGGCAGAAGCAAUUCGUCUCGGGACUAAAGCGGUGCGGGAUCGGAUGCUUGAAGAGCAAUGCUGGGUUGUUCUGCUGGGUCGACCUGAGUAGCCUCUUAGAGAGUCCCACUUUUGAAGGGGAGAUGCAGCUGUGGAUGAAGAUGCUGCACCAUGUUGGGAUCAACAUCUCGCCCGGCUCGUCGUUUCAUUGCUCCGAACCGGGUUGGUUCAGGGUCUGUUUCGCAAACAUGUCGGAGAAGGUACUCUCUAUCUCGCUUCAAAGGAUCAAAAUUUUCGUAAAGCAAUCCCGUGACAAGCAAGGAAAAGCGCCGGCCAUGGGUCCAACCAAACCAGCAGUGUCCCGGAAAUCUUUAUUCACACGGUGGAUUUCCCGUGCCGACUCGGCCGAGUCGGAACGUUUCUAGGCUUUAGUUAACAUGUUCCUUCAAAAUGUACAGUAGUCAUUUUCUUCCUUUCUUUAUUUUUAGUCUUCUUUUUUUUUUCCAAUCUUCUCUGAAUGCUUCGCAUCCCGAGAAGCUGGAUUCGUGUAAAAGCAGAGAUAUUGUUUUCCAUUCGGUUUAAUGAUAAGCUGGGUUGUCUCAUAAAGUGUCGAUGCAAUCUGACUGGUUUGUGGACCUACCUUAUUAAUGGUAUAGAUAAGGGCGUUUGUUUGGAUGGAAUUGAGUUUGU